AUGGCGUCGACGUCAGACAUGCACGGUUCCUCGCCUGUUCCAACCCUGCCACACCCUAACGACAACGGUUGCUCGCACAUGUCCUCACUUUCCUCCUCUUCCUCCAUAUCUGACGUCGAAACCGAACGGAGAGGGCGAUCUGAACGUCCUCGCAUGGCUAGUCGGAAACCGAGUGCCUCGAUCCUUGUACCGCGAGAUCAUCCCGAAAUCGAAAUCGAAGAAGAAGAGUUCCCGCCCGACGACGCGCGCGCCAUGAGUCCACGCCGGAAUUCCGCUGAUCUGGAGCGACUGGGGAAGGAAGCUAGGCAAACAUUACAGGAACAAGCCAAGGCCCUCCAGUCCUCACUCCAAGCGCUAGCCGAGCGCAUCGAAGCCGUGAAAUCCGACCACGACAAACUUGAGAGCGAAAACAAGUUUCUUCAAGACUACAUUGGUGGAUUAACCCGGAACAUGACCAAGACGGAAAUGGGAAGGACGAGCACCAAAGUCAGAAAGGCACAGAAAUAA